CCCAUCUCACAAUAAUGUCCACAAAUACCUUUCACACAGCACUCUCCCUAAACAGUGUAUACUACACAUUGUAAUAAUUUGGUUGUAAACUGGUUUUACAAGGUCAACACUCUGUUACAAGGUAAAGAGUUUUUUUUUUAUCAAGAUGUCAUGGGAAAUAUGUCAUAUUUUGGUUGUUAUAUGGACAUAUUUUUUCUGGUUGUUAAAAAGACAACAAAAUGUUUCCAGAAGAUAUUUAUACAACGAGUAUACAACUUGACCACAACAUCACAAUAGACGCCAUAUUGACCUUAUUGUAAAAAAAAAAAUGCAUAAUUGCUUUGAAAGCAGAAGGGCACAAUAUGUCAGAUGUUUGUUAUGUAAGCUAACAUUGACAUGUACGUUGUUAUGUAGUUAUAGCGAGGUCAGACGUCAUACCCAGGUCAGAAAAAAAAACUGUUGGAACUCAAGCUGACCAAUAUGAAUUUUGGAUGGGAAAACAAAAGCUGGUUUACUUUUAAUCCUAACAAAUUAUAUGUUGUUCUUUUUAUGUUUUACCUAUGGUUAUUUUCAGUGCUCAAUGUACGAAAUUAUGUUUUUGCCAUUUAUUUUGUCAUCUGAAGGUUCCAAGCACAAAACUAUGCUUGAGGCAAGGAACGGAGCAGGUCCAAUUAAGGCCUAUCCCAGACCAGGCUCGAAGCUCAAAGUACAGGCCACCAACGUGCUAAAAGGUUCCGGACUACAGAACAAAACGUUCCAUUGUGAGAUCUGUGAUGUCCACGUCAACUCAGAAAUACAGCUCAAACAGCACAUCUCCAGCAGAAGGCACAAGGACAGAGUAGCUGGGAAACCGAUGAAGCCCAAAUACAGCCCUUACAACAAACAACAACGCAGCUCCACAGUCCUGGCCGCCAAGCUGGCUCUUCAGAAGGACCUGGUGAAGCCUAUCUCCCCUGCUACGUUUCUCUCCAACCCCUUCUGCUCCACCACCCUCCCCUCCAUUUCCCUGCAUCCGCGGCCCAACGCCUCCAUCUUUCAGACUGCCGGCCUGCCAGGCUGCAUGCCCUCUUUCCUCCGGGCUGCUCCAGGGCCAGUCCGGCCCACCACCGGCUCUAUCCUCUUCACCCCAUAUUGAUUCCUGGGUUUUGACACAGGGGUCGUGUUCAGUAGGCAGGGAAUGGAAGAAMAUGGACAGAGCCUGAGUGCAAUGGGGAGGAAACUGAGCAAAACGGUGAGGUACUAUUUGAGCUCGUCCAAUAAGAAAUGCUUGUUUUUGUCUCCCAUUGCGAAAAUAUUUUGCUACUGUGUACCCUAAUGAACACGACCCAGUGUAUCGAUAGAGAGGGCACCAGAGGCAACAUGGAGGGAAACUGACAUGAGCAGAGAACCAGGGGACCUCUGACCUUGUGGAGCAUUGAGUGCACUGCAUACUGGAUGAUGUCCUAGUACAUACAAUACCCACCCAAUGCACUGAACUGAGAUGACUACUGCACUGCGAAGCUUCAACAAACAACAGUGUAUUUAUUUGAUUGAACUUGUUUACCUUUCUCUGGCUGCGUGCGUUGCCCUGAGGCAUGAAGCACAGAGGUUCAGUGGGCCCGCUAAGACCACUGAGGGUCUAAGUAUUGGAUUCUUGUGGUAUAAUAAAGAGAAUCAAACCGCUUCCUGAAUGACUUGAAUACCCAUAGUCUUCCUAUUUGAUUAAAUUAAUGGACAGUUCUAGCUACGUGUGUUUGACAGUGUUUAUCAUAACAGCCCUCAGACAGAAGGACAGUCAUACCUGAUUCACACUAUAGAGCCGACCUGAACCAUACUGAGCUGGCUUAAAUAUUUUCUUCUCACAUUGUCCUUUCCAGCACGGUUCUAGCAACUACGGUGGAUGCAUAACAAGACCAGAGCAGUGCAGCUUGGCUUGGAUCUGCUUGGUCUGGCCCAGUAAUGUGAAAUCAGUCAAAUGUUUCAGUUGUUGCUUGAUGUCAGUGACUGUAACACAGUAAUGCAGUUUUGGUCUCUAUUCUGUCUGUAUUAUGUAAGUCAAUAAGCUGAAUCUCUACACCACAACUCUUCUUAUCAUCAAACUGUAUUAUUGGUUUACUUUACUUCUGAUGCAGCAACUUACAGUAGAUAGCCAUAGUAACAAAUAAUUUAGUAAUAGUGUUCUCAUUGCCCCCACUUCAGAGAGAGAAACCAUUCUCGUGGUUUCUUAAUAAGGGCCGAAUCUUAACUUGAGAUGCAUUGAUGUCAACAGGAGACUUCAAGUCUCUUCAAGAACAUGUUAGUUAAGUGGGCAGAGCUCAAGUCAGGAUUAGACCCUGACAGUACUUUGUUUCUGCAGUAUAUUAUGUAAUCAUCAGUCAUUAUUUUCUAAGAGAAAAGGUCGAAUCUAUUAGUGUUCAUCAUUUGUAUCCAGGGAUGAGGUCUGUUCCAUUUCAAAACUGUGAAUUCAGGAAUUAAACUUCAGUUAAUUUCAGUUUGCUGACUGAAUUGACUGAAUUGAAAUUAAACUGAUGUUAACCUGUUUGCAUCACCCUGUUGUUUGGCAGGGUUACCAUGGGCCUUUCAUUUAUAUCUAUGUAAUAUCCCUAGUUUGAAACGAUGCUGCAAUAUGUUGUGGCUUUCUGAUGCAAUAAUGUACAGAGCAUUGAAUUGGUACAGUUUAUUCUCUGUAGUGUAUAAUGUAUUGUUUCCCUUUCCACGUUAAAAUACUAGUCAUGGAGAUCGACAGAGAGACAGACAGAGGUAUUUGUAUUUUUUAAGUAAAAUAAAACAACAAUCCACUCGAACAUGAAAGAAUGACAGUUGUUUUCAAGAUGGUGGGAUGUCUUCUGAACCAAUAUAGGAGACUGUACAUUGAAAUUGAAAUCUACCUUUUAAAAUAAAAUAAUAUAUUUGAAUGAUUUGCUCCCAUAUUGAAAUUGUAUUUUACACAAAUUAAAAAUAACUUUCAAUUAUUUAAUUAUGAACUGAAUUUAGUUUAUAAAGGAGACCUGACGAAGAGAUUGUCAAUAAAAGGCAUGUUGAAAUGAACGAGAUAUAAGAUCCUCAUAUCGGCUUCUGCUCCCUGUUCCCUGCCCUCUACUCCCUGCUCCUCCCUGCCCUCUGCUCCCUGCUCUCUGCUCCCUGCUCCCUAC